UAAGGGAAUCCUGUUUAUGUUGUGGAGCUCCGGUCUGAACAUUUGAAGCUUUGUUCAGGUUCUUGUUAAAAGCAGAACCUGAUGGAUGGCAAAAGCUGCUGUAACUUCAUGGACAAGUUGUCCAUCUGUAGUGACACUCAGCGCAUACAGCUGGCAAGGUCUUUCUGUGCAGACCCCGUGGUCAAAUUUCAUGUGUACCCAGAAACAGCAAACCAGGUCACUUGCUCUGAAGAUUUGUCAUUCCUUCCUUUCAUGUCGGAGCAUCUCAUCACAGAAAAUUUCUACAGCGAGUCCUGCACCUUUCCCUAUCAACUGCCUCGUUCCAAUUACAGCAGAAGUGAGUACUCCUACGGACCAGCUUUCAUCAGAAAGAGGAAUGAAAGGGAAAGACAGAGAGUGAAAUGUGUCAAUGAAGGAUACGCCAAACUGAGGCAUCACCUACCUGAGGAAUACUUAGAGAAACGGCUCAGCAAAGUAGAGACACUCCGUGCUGCCAUAAAAUACAUUAGCCACCUACAGUCUGUUCUGUACAGCGAAUCUGCGAUGCCAGAAAAAAAGAUCAUGGAACCAAGCCAAGCACCUAAAGCAACUAACAAACAAAACCAGUUUUUGAAGACUAUCUAAACUCUUCCAAACCAAGCAAAAGUUAUCCUGUCUAGGAACCUAAUAACCACUAUAUUAUUAAUGGCGUGCUUUUCUUGGUGCAUUUGAGGAGCAGAUCAUAUCACACAUCAGUAUUUAACCCAAAGAAAAGAGUUUUAAUUUCACAAAUAGAAGCUACAGUUAGCUAUGAAAAAGGCAACUAGCGAAAUAGCAUCUGAGUGGCUUAAACUAAUUCAUGGAAAUUGGAAAGCAUGUCUAAAAUUGCUACCAAACCAAUAAUGCAUACCUGUACAAGGAAAGUAACUAUAUACCAUCACACCCUGCAUGCUUUUAAAUAAAA